AUGAGCUACCAGUAUCACUACCACGCGCAGCAGCCAGGCGGCCCGCCGCCGCCACCAGGCCAGCAGCCGUACCCCCAGCCGACGUACUACACGCCAGCAUACCACCCGACCGGGCCGCCGCCCCCGCCGCGUCCCGACAACGCGGCCGAUGGCCUCUCGAACGCGUUCGGCAGCCUGACCAUUGCGCCAGCUGCUGCACCACUCCCCCCGCCUCCAAGACACCACGCAGCGCAGAACUAUGUCCCCCCGCCCCCGGACCAGCAGCAGCUGCCGUACCAGGCCAGAAUAAGGCCUCACCGCGUCCCUCCCGCUCCCCAGCAGCCCCAGCAAUGGCAGAGCCAGGCGCAUGCGACGUACGCGGCCCCCGCGUCCCAGUUCACCGCGACCCCGCCAGGACAGGCAGUGGCAGCGGCGUGCCCUCAGAACGUAGCGAGCCCGCCCCCGCAGGCGUACGCUUCGCCGCCGGCGCACGCGGUCCACCCCGCACCGUACGCGCCGCCCACGGCAGGUGCGGUCGCUGGACAGACGGCACCUGCUCCCUACCCGACUCCGGGGCAGCAGUUCACGGCAGCCCCACCAGCACAACAGUACGCAGCUGCUGCUCCGCCGGCCCCAGCACAAGUGUACCAGCAGCCCGCGGCCUAUGCCCCACCAGCCCAUCAGUUCGCUGCGGCCCCACCACAACACCUCCCGGCCGCUUCGCCUGCUCAGCAUGUCCCGGGACAAGUGUACCAGCCUGCAGCCUAUCUGCCGCCGGCACAUCAGUUGGCGGCGAGCCCACCGCCGCCGCAGCACACUGCUGCCCCAACGACCCAGCAGUACACAGCGACGCCGGCUGCGACUCCGGCUCCAUCGCAGUACACUGCGAGCCCGCCACCGCACCAGUACCCAGCCGCUCCGCCUGCGCAACAGUUAGCGGGGGCGCCCACGCCGACGCAGUACCCUGCAGGCCCGCCACCCCAUCAGUACACCGCCAGCUCACCUCCCCAAUCGUUCACGACCGCCUCGCCGGUCCAGUCCUUCGCCGCCCCAUCGCAGCAGCCGCUCUCUCCACCUCCCGCCGUCUCCCCAGCACACCAGUACACUGCGGCCCCGCCCGUCGCGGCCCGCGCGACGACUUCGGCGCAGGCGACAGCUCCACCAGCGCCGUGGCAGGCCAAUGCGGCCGCACCGGCGGCGUACGGCAUGGCCGUCGUGGGACAGAUAUGGGGUGGUCCGCCGGCGCCGGGCUCGUCGGUCGCGCCAGUGCCCGCGACACCGGCUCCGCACCUUGCCGCACCAACUCCGGCCGUCGCUGCGCCGGCCCUCCCAGUCCUGCCGCACACCCCGUCCCCACGGCAUCGCCUGUUCGGCCGCAGCGGUGCCCCGUCGCUGGUGACCGAGCCGAGGGGCUACGUCCCGCACAUGCGCGACUCUGGCACGCCCGACCCGCUGCUGGGCUACUGCCCGAACCCGCGUAAGGUCGACUUCGAGACGACUUGGUACCACCUCCCGUCUGCGCCCAACUUUUUGAUGUGUACCCGGUGCCAUGCCGACUUUGUGGCUGGCAAGCCGCUGUCGUCCGCGUUCGUCGCCGUGUCCAAGGUCGACGUGACGUGCGACUUCAACACGGUGCGGCUGCAGACGAUCCUCCUGCCUGCUGGCGGCUUGGCCGCGAUCGAGGCGUAUGUCGCGCGCCGGAGCACACUCACGGACUGCGCGUCAACUGAAACACACUCCGGCGGCAAGGCGUGGACGAAUCCCGAGCUCGGUAACUGGUCCGCGUGCGAAGCGUGCUACGAGGACGUGAUACUUGCUACGCCAUGGGCGAGCCGCUUCACAUGUGAUACAGUCCAGGGCAACUGGACGUGCGACCUCAACAUCUUUGCCAUGACGCGCGCGAUGUGCAAGCUCGCCACCGACGACGACUGGCCAGCGUUCGUGUCUGCCUCCAAGACCAUCGCGGCGAGCAUGGCAGCCGACGAGUGCAAGGGCAAGGCUGUGCCCGCCGGCUCCACAAAGUGGUUCACCACGCGGAGGCCAAUCGACGGGCUCGUCAUCUGCGAGUGGUGCUACCUCGCCAACAUCUGGCACUCGCGCUUCGAGGGCGAGUUUGCAGAGUACCACGUACCGCCUGCAGUCGGGAGUACGACCCAGUUCCAGUGCGACUGGCACAAUACCCCUCUUCACCCCGCAUACGGGCUUGCACAGCUCAUCAAGGGCGACUUUGGCCUGUUCUGGAACACGGCGAGCACGUACGCCGCCGACUGCGAGAAGAAGGCCCGACAGGAGCAAGUCACGCACUAUACGCUUCCAGGCGCGCCGUCAAACUUUGACAUCUGCGGCGCGUGCCACAUUGGCUUCUUUGGCGCGCUAGGCCUGGGUGACAGGUUCGUCCUGCAGCCCCAACCCGCCUCGUGCGACAUAUGCCCAGGCCAGCCCCGCUCGGUGUGGUUCCGCCUCCAAACCUUUGAGGCGCUCGACCGCGGCGUGUGGAGCCACUUUGAAAAGCUUGUCCGUGAGGUGUGCCAACACGAGCUGUGUCCCGGGCGGACGAUGCGCAAGGGCAAGUGGUACUCUGCUGGCCCUAUGGCCAACGUGUGCGGCCAGUGCUGGGUGUCUGUUGGGCGCGAUACGCCGAUGGGGCAGAGUGGCGCGUUCCAGCUCGUCGACUUUGGCGACAAGGAACGUUUCUGCUGUCUUACGUCCACGCGCAUGCGUGCGCUCUGGAAGCAGAACGACCUCAAGGACUUUACCGACUUUGCAAAGUACCGCGAGGAGGUGUACGCGUGCACGAUUCUGCGCAUCGACACGGAGCGCGAGAUCCAGGUGAUCAACGCCAUGGCUGCCAUGUUGACACAGCUGUCGGGAUCGAUACUCAAGGCCGCUGGUGGCGACCCGUGGAGCUCGACCAAGCACGGCAACAGCAGUCUCGGCUGGUACGAUAACGCGACGCAGGCGCAUGGCGCGCAGAUGGUCAACAACAGCACGACAAUGUGGGCGAAUGUCAGUGCAGACAUUGCUCGUGGCGCAGCCACACACCCGCAGCUGUACGCCAUGUGGGACUUGGUCGAGUAG